AUGACUGAUGUGAAACGUACCCCGCGCUUGAACGAAAGGAUCCUAUCAUCCUUAUCCAAGCGAUCCGUUGCAGCUCACCCUUGGCAUGAUCUCGACAUCGGACCCGAAGCUCCUCAGACUGUAAAUGUGGUUAUUGAGAUCCCAAAGGGAAGCAAAGUGAAAUAUGAACUUGAUAAGAAAACUGGUCUCAUCAAGGUUGAUCGCAUCUUAUAUUCAUCGGUGGUCUACCCUCACAACUAUGGCUUCAUCCCACGAACGCUAUGCGAAGAUAAUGAUCCAAUGGACGUGCUUGUCAUCAUGCAGGAACAAGUGGUGCCGGGAUGUUUUCUUCGAGCCAGAGCCAUUGGACUGAUGCCCAUGAUUGAUCAAGGAGAGAAAGAUGACAAAAUCAUUGCAGUUUGUGCGGACGAUCCAGAAUAUCGCCAUUACAACGAUAUAAGCCAGCUACCCCCUCAUCGUUUGUCUGAAAUCCGUCGCUUCUUUGAGGACUACAAGAAGAACGAGAACAAAGAGGUUGCAGUCGAUGAGUUUCUCCCGUCAAAAACCGCUUACGACGCCAUUCAGCACUCCAUGGACCUCUAUGGUGAGUACAUCAUGCAAACCUUGAAGAAGUAG